GCCUGUAAUCUGACAUCUGACAUAGACAUGAAGCACACCAAGCGUUUCCUGUUUUCGGCGCGGAGUGCUGAAAGACCGAUGGAACCCGUCGAUCCUUUUCCUUUGAUGAACCUUCCCGAGCAGUUAAUCGAAUACGUGCUGUCUUUCGUCAGUGACACGGAUCUGCUGAAAAGUUGCCGCAAUACAUGCAAGCCUUUCCGAGACAUAAUCGACAGCAACAGCUUCUGGAAGAUCAAGUGCCUGCGGGACGGCAGGAGCAUUCCCUCGUUCCACUUAGAGGAGCUUCCACCGCGUUACUACCAACGUAUUUACAUCGGGAACCCGUACGGCAGGAAUUUGCUUCGCAACGGGCACGGAGAUUCUCCCAAAGGUGCAUUUGCCUCAUGGCGUAUAACGGAAAACGGUGGUGAUGGAUGGAAAUAUGAAGAGACACCAAAAGGUGCUGAUCCCUUGCCUUUAGAUAAACAGGGAUGCUUUUCAACUUCUUAUGGUGCGUGUACGAAGCAGCAAGUCAUCAGCCUUGCAAGCGAGGGUGUCCUUCCUGAAAUAAUGGACAACUUCAAGCCACACAUUGAAGUCUCAGAAUGGCAUGCAGCUCGAUUUGAUUGUGGCUGUGCGUACACGUUGACAGUCUCACUCCUCAAUGAAAAAAGGAAAGUGCUGCACGAGUUCACUACUGGCCCUAUUGUGACUGAACAGUGGCUUGGCCGUGAAUGGAGUCAGGUUACACAUGUGUUUCGCGACUACCCAUCAGGGGUGCGCUUUGUUAAGUUCCAGCACUAUGGUUGUGACACUCAAUUUUGGGCAGGCAACUAUGGAUCCAAGAUGGCAGGAGGUGUGGUUCGUGUUCGUGGAAACAAGCAGGAACCUGUAGCCGCUGAAAUCACCACUGCGUAAUCUUUCCUGGUUCUCCCGUCUGAAGCUGCUUGCAAGUACCCGCUCAUCAGGUGGGAAGCCUUAGCUUGCUGAGUGGGCUUCAGCACUCCCUGCUCCCAGUUUUUCCGGCCGGCAACCUGCCUAUGAACAAAGGCGCAUAUCCUUUGAGCGCCUGCCUCAGGUGAUGAGGCCAGGAUGGUACACGCCUUCAGGGAAACCAAGGGCCUGCUCAAGGAACUGACCUCUGGAAGAGAAAACAAGAUUGCAGACGAGCUCCAAGGCCAACAUCGAGAAGCACACACAUUCUCAGGCAAAGAGAAUGGGGACGUCAGAGACUGGUUGAGACGCUACCAGAGGGUGAGCCACCACAAUUAACGGAGCACAUUUGCGCAGCUCUCUAAGAUUGUCUUUUCCUUGCCGGAACAGCCCUUAUGUGGUUCAACAAGAAUGAGGGCGUGCUCACAACUUGGUACAGGUUCGUCCAAGAGAUCAAGAAGUGCUUUGGUAAUUCACUUUCGAAAAAGAAAGACUGAGCAGACACAUUCAUUACAAGCGCAGUUACCAGGAGAGAUGUGUACUACUUAUAUUGAGGAAAUCCUGAAGCUUCGUGGAAUUCUGAACGCAAAAAUGUUGGACGUGGACAAGGUUGGGCACCUACUCAAGGGAAUUGCCGAACAUGUGUACUUUUUUUUUUAUCUCUAAGGAAGACCUCAAUGCCACGUCCGACUGUCGUACGUUCGAGGCUCUUAAAACAUGCCACAUUCUUCCAGUCUGGUCAGCUGGGCAACAUGACUGCCAAAGCAAGUGUGUAGAUAUCUGCCUCUAACAGGUUUGCUGUUUUAGUACAGAGAGUUGUUAAAGAAGAACUUACUGAUUUUCAAGGUGCAGAUGCCAACCACGUGUGCCACCAAUGCUCUGUUGAUGAGCGCUACAUGGAGCCACCGGCGACCUCGUCAUGACCUUCUGACAUUGACUGCCACACUUACAGCACUUAUGGCCAGAAUACCAUGAUCCAGCCACAAUCUACGAGAUUUGAAUGUUGACGUGACAGGCAGCUUCGGUGUGGGUCUCCCAUCUACAGUACGCAUUCGAGAUCUGUGCCCAACUUCAAUGAAAAUCGCAGCACACCUGUGUUCUACAGCUGCGGGCCUCAGGGACACAUCGCCAGGUAUUGCUGCCGUUGCCUACAAUGUGCUCCGUGAGAUCCCGCAUAUCCACUUCGCAUCCAAGAAGCUGUAUCCUGGCAACCAUUUGUAUCUUUUCGCCAGCUACCUAGGGAAGACACGUACACACCAAGGAAUGACUCCUCAGCCUGACUGGCCUGCAGCCUGACUCCACUGCUGACUCGGACAAAUCAAUCACCAUCUCCACGUCUCUGCUUGCCUACACCACCCCCGCUGGAAAAUGGGCUGGUGCGACCAGUGGAGGUGAGGUUGCGGGAUGGUCACCUUUGCAAUUGCCUCCGUCUGUCGUCAUAUUAAAGAACAAAGUGUGCGCUUGUGUCAAUGGUGUAAAUACUGUGGCUUUGGUAGAUACUGGUGCUUCCGUGUCAUUGAUGUGUCUAUCUUUCAAGAACUACCUCGGACUGAAAGUGGCGUUUGCUUGGGAGGGAAAUGCCACAUUUCACAGAGUUGGUAGUGAACUGUUACAUCCUGUGGGAGUAUGUUCCAUUGUGAUAACCGUUGGUAGAAAGGCAUUUCGAACUGAACUUGCUGUACUAGCACGCCUGCCGUAAUUCUUUGUAUUUAGUUCUUACAGGAGUGUGGAGCAACAUUAGACUGCAGGGCUGAUGAAAUUUUACUCAGCAGCAAUAUCCAUUCACCUGUUGACCUAUGCUAAAUAUUGACGCCUUGACAACAUUCCAUCAGGAGGUAUUUUCCUUGUCAGCUGAUAUACGUUUGCUUGCGCAGAUGGCAAUGUUCAUCCCUGUGACCUCGUUGCACUUCCACGCUGGUUUCUGCCUUGGAUUAAUUGAACUCGAAUAUGUCAACACUGUAAAAAAGAAUGUACUUGUCCCUCAGUCACUUGUCGAAGUCGGAGAUGGUUGUGCUCGCAUGUGGACGGUUAAUAUGUCUGAGCCAGUCACUUUGCCUGCCAGAUUGAAGGUAGCACGCCUUGAGAAAGAUGGUGUUGUCAGCAUUUGUGCGGUUGGUAAUUAUACGAACACAAGCUUACCACACAGUGACCACUCUUCCAAAUUCAGGAGCAUGAUUAACAAAUUGCUCCCCUCUUCCUACCAACAAGUGUUCCAAAAGCUCCUUGCCUGCUAUGCGUCAGUGUUCGACUUUGCACAAGAGCGUCUAUCUUCACUACCUCACUCCAUUGUACGCCACCACAUCAAUACUGGAACAGCGCUGUCCAUACAACAGAAGCCGUACCACGUUUCUCCUGCUGAGUGCAAAGUGAUUGCUGAACAAGCUACAGACAUGCUGCAGAAAGGCGUCAUGCAAUAGUCUCUGGGCGGCUUCAGUUAUAUUGGUCAUGAAGGAAGAUGAUUCAUGGCGAUUCUGUGUUGACUACAGAUGCCUAAUUGCAUUGACAAAGAAAGAUGUGUAUCUUCUCCCACAUAGAUGACAGAUGACGCCAUUAACUGUUUACAUUCUGCUUUGUACUUCUCUGUCGACCUGCGCUCGGGCUACUGGCAGAUACUGAUGCAACCGCCAGACAAGGAGGAGACUGCCUCCAUAAUGCCAGAUGGACUCCAAGUUUAAUUAAAAUAAUGCCUUUCAGUUUGUGUAAUGCUCCGGCAACAUCUGAACGAUUCUUGAACGCGAUGGGAAAUAUGCAUGUAUUACCUGGACGACAUUAUUUAUGGCAAGACAAUUUCAUGAGCACAACCAACAACUCGAAGUUGUUCUUGACUGCAUUUGACGAGCUGGACUGAUUCUAAACUCCAAAAAGUGCCACUUUAGUGAGUAUCAAACAUUUGUUUCUGGUUUCCUCGUUGACAAAGAAGGCAUUCCCCCAGACCCCGAAAAGCUUGAUGUGAUUCAGGAUGAACCAGCUGGAAAUGUCAAAAGACCUCCACAGCUUCCUGAGACUAUGUUUGUACUUGGGCCGUUUCAUCAAGGACUUUGAAUGCCUAGCUCAUCCGCUCAUGUCACUCCUUCACAAGGACACACUGUCCACAAGGACUACUGAGUGUGAGUCUGCAUUCUCCCAACUAAAAUUUCUGCUCACCUCAGCUCCAAUUUUGCAUCACUUUGAUCCUGAGGCCCCUACUGAGCUUCACACUGAUGGUAGUGGUCUGGGUAAUUGGAGCAAUACUCGUACAGGUACAUGGCGUACGCCAGCAAGUCAUCGCCUAGGCAAGCCGUACUCUUACCAAGACAGCGGAAUUAUACUAUAUAACCAAACUGGAAUGCCUCGUGGUAAUAUUUUCCACCCACAAGUUUCGACCAUACUUGUACAGCCACCACUUCAGGAUAGUGACAGACUACCAUUCACUUUGCUGGUUGUUUGGACCAUGCGACCCAUCUAGCUGAUUAGUUUGGUGGUCAUUACGGCUUGAAGAAUACGACUUUUCUAUCACAUAGAAGAGUGGUCACUGUUAUACCAAUGCUGACUAUUUAUCUUGCUUUCCAUCAGCAAGUACGCAAGAUAUGGACAAUGAUCUAGAUGAAUUUCAGAAGCAUAGACUGUUGGGCCAGUUGGUGCAUGAUGUAGUGUCGUUGAGCGGAAAUACGGGCGAAAGGAAUGGUGUGGAUGACCGACCCUAACUUACAACUGAAGUUUAAUAAAAGAUUUUCCAGAGAGUGGAGGGCUGCACACGCACAGUCAAAAGGCUGAUACCAAGCUCAUGCGUAGUGACAUGCAAAAAAUUGUAGAAAAUGCUAACACCCGAGGAGAUACGUAAUUUCUUUAUCUAUCAAGGCAACUGACGGGGCACUGACACAUCUGGCAGAUUGUGCGUAUAUCUGGCCAGCUUCAAUAAUUUCUCUUGCCAGUCUGUCGUUAGACUUUUUUAAAAUGGUGGCAUUUCUAAACAGCGGAGUGCAACCAGAAUCUUUUAUGUGUGCAGGUAGGUGCAUACCACCCGCAACAGCCUUUAAAGGCGCUGAGUGCUCUCCGAGUCGGUCGUUUAUACAUUGACCCGUUUGGCCAAUGUAAACUUCACCGCAGCGGAGCGGAAUCUGGUAAACGACCUUAGUGGCGCAAGUCACAAAGGGGUUUACAUGUCUCUUCUUUCAUGCAUUUUUUUGCACUUUUCUUUUUGCUCCGAUUACGUAUUAGAGAGCACAACCUCGUGAGCUUACAGGGGGCUAUGAAAGCUACAUCCACCUCAUGCUUGCAUCCUACUUUCUUCAUGUUGUGCAAUACUGCAUGUAUGUACGGCACCACCACGACCGUUUUUGGUUUCCGCUUUUCCUGUGCGGUUGCAGCGGUUCCCAUUUUGAGCUUCUUUAAAAUCGAACCUCCCACGGCCACCAAAAGGCUGAAGGGAAUGCCCGAGCUUUUGAGACAUUACACCUGCAAACUGAAGCUGUGCUUGACCUUGUGCAUAUAGGACUUUCUCAAAGCCGAAUUCAGGCUCAAUGAAGCAAUCCCUCAUUUGAUGAGCUUAGUGUGUGAGGAGUCAUAAGGUACAUGUAGUAGGCUUUUCUUGGAACAUGGUAAAUAUUCCCAACAAAAAUGGUCGUUCCAUUUAAUAUACAAAGCAAGGUCUAAAAAGUGCAACACGCCACUGGCGGGAAGUUCAAGGGUAAAAUACAAGGAACAUGAAGUAUUACUAAAAAUAUCUAACAUGCCAUUGGCUUCUGAUAGGGGCAUUUGGUCACUUGGUAUACUUAAAAAACACACGAAAGUCAUCAACGUAUUGAUACACUUUUAAAACGUGCCUUUCUACAAGUUCUGGUUGCAACUGGUGGUCCAAUUUGGCUAAAAAAAUCUUGCAAAGCACAGGUGCAACACAAAAGCCAAUGCAUAUGCCCCUCUUUUGCACAUAGGUAUUGUUAUCAUAGCUUACAAUCGUGGAGCACAAAUAACACUUCAACAACCCUAAAAAUUUGUCCACAUUUAUUAACGAGGUGUUUUGAAAAGGCGCUACUCCAUGAAAGUCAAUCGCAUCAUGGACUGCUAAAAACAACUCGUCAGUUAUAAGUGAGUGUUGGUCCUAUCCAUACCAUUUCUUCCCGCCCGUAUUUCCGCUCAACCACACUAUAUCUAGAUGAAUGCCUUCUUGCCAUCUCCGCAGAGUUUCCCGAUGCCAUCGCCUUCAAGCACGAGCAACAGCAUGACCCUUCUAUUAUAACUAUUCUUGACGACCCUAGGUGGUCAGCACAGGGCUCACCUUUUAUUAUUUUUGACGAUUUAUUGUAUAAGAAAAAUUAUUCUGCUGAAGGCGCUUCACUUCUUCACGUGGCACCCCAGACAUUGAGGCCUACUCUCCUUUGCACCAUGCACGAUGACAUCAUGUCAGACCACAUCGGCUUUGCUCGGACACUGCACCGAAUGCACCAGUGUUUGUAUUGGCCCAAGCUCUGGAAGACGGCCAAGCAACAGGUUGCCAGUAGUGCCAUUUGCCAGUACCAUAAGCAGCCAUCGGCACCUCCUGUGGGCGCCUUGCAGCCAGUUAAGCCGCUGACUUUGCCCUUCGAAUAAGUUGGUAUUGACUUACUAGGUCCCUUCCCCAAGUCUAGUACAGCGUGUCACUGUAUUAUUUUGUGUGUAGACUAUUUGAACUGCUAUACUGAGACAGCGGUGCUUGCUUUGGCUACAGCAGCUGAUGUGUAAUCUUUCCUGCUGUACUCUGUCAUCCUCUGUCACGGUGCUCCACGCAUUGUGAUUAGUGAUUGUAGAUGGCAGUUUACGGCAGGUAUUGUUGAAGAACUACUACAUCUUUGUGUAUCUGAUUACUGCCACUCAACACCGUAUCACCCGCAGACAAACGACUUCACUGAGUGCAUGAAUGCUUUUACCAACAUGCUUACCAUGCAUGCUCCACAAACCACAAAAAUUGGGAUUUUAUUUUACCAUUCAUCACGUACGCUUACAAUACUGCCAAGCACUAAGUCACAGGGUCUGCACCUUUCCUUCUUCUCUAUGCUUGCCGCCCUUAAACCUUUAUCGAUAUCAUCCUUCUCUGGUCCUACAUGAUAACUCUUCAAUGGGCAGACUUUGUUGUGCCAAAGAAGCACUUUGACUGGCCCACCUCGGGACCCUCUCCUCUCAAGACCAUGCUCGUCACAUUUGCUCCUGGGAACUUUGUUUGGCUUUGGGCACCUGCACGGAAAAAAGAGUGUACACAAAAUUUCUGUCAAGAUACAUUGGCCCAUACAAUGUACUGUCACGUUUGAGUGAUGUAGCAAAAGUCUGCCACCUUGAUUUAAAAUGUAUGUAGGAAGCAGUGUCAACACACAUGUUCAUAAGCAAUGCACAUUGACCCAACCAGAAGCCACCGUAUCCCCGUUGCCUGUGCAGUUUUCCUUGCUUCUCAGUUGUGGGAUACGUGUGAGACAAUUUGAAUGUUGCUCUGGCACAUGUGGUAGGUCUUGUUCAAUUUGGGUUUUUUGACACUUAUUGAGAGCUUGGGCAUACUAUUGUGAUUGUCUUCCUAAAUGUCUCUCUUCUUAUUGUAAGAAACACAUAUUUAAGUAGCACAAGUUAUUCCCUUUACCGUGUGUUGCUCUAAAGGCCGAACCACAAGGAAGACGUUUCCAACAAAUUUUUUUCGUCGAUACCGGCCACUGUUGGGCAGCUUUUACGCUUUUCUAGCCACUUCAGGCAUUGGUGCUGUGAUCUGGCGUGGGCACUUUGGUAUCGCUUUCAGAACUGCAUUGUUCUUGAUGCUGAACGGUGCCAACAAUGAAAAUUCAUCGGAAACUUGUUCUUUGUGGUUGGACCUUAAGUAGCACAUUGAGAUUGAUUCUGUAUGCAGAGAACCUUGAGAGGCAUUUGAGGAGGGACAUCUACAGGAUAAGAAACUGGCUCUCCAUCACAGAUGUGACUCCACGUGCACAAGAAUAUGAUGAAGGGUCAAUGAGUCAACAUGAACAUUGCAAUGUAGUCCACUGGCAUUAGCUAUGAAAAUAAGGCUUUUGUGGAAAGCGAGAUACAGUCUCGGUGCGCCCUAAUGUUGAUAUGCGUGUCCGCAAAUGCCUGGGACUUUAUAGAGGAUUGAGAGUUGCAGUCAAUGGUUGGAUGCAUUCUUUCAUGGGGCGCACUACCUACUGUGUACCACACUUUGUGAUGUUUGGGUGUGACCAUGGUGUACUUGUCGCGAGUGCUACUUCUCCAUGCUUGUGUGGAUGCUGUAAGGAGCAGGAGCAGCGCACAUUUGUGGACCUGCAUUCUUGGCCUGUCUCGGCUUGACUCGGCUGACACGGAAUCUAAUGGCCAUCAUAACAGCAUAUAACCAACCUCAGUAAAAAAUGUCAUUACUGCUGAUUUGCCUAAUCAUCUGUACACGAGGAUUGUUUAUUUGCUCCAGUGGGCCUGUAAACAUAUCGUGUUGUUGCUUUAGGAGUUCAUUUUGGCAGCUGAUAAGAUAGGAAAUGUUAAAAGUGCUGAUAUGUCUCUAGAAGGAACUCUACUCAAAUAGUUUUUAAGUCUCUGUGUGCCUGACCACAGCGCUCUUCUGGCUGCAUACUGAAGCCCCUGCAAAGCUUUUGACGCUCUGCAUGUUAAGUAAUUUUUGCUUUUCCAGAUCUUUUCCUUUUUUUCUGCUAGAUCAUUUCCACGACAGUGGGACAGUGCUGUUGUCCUUUAAAAAAGUAAGACGUUUUCCCUCACAAUUUUCUGCAUUAGCAAGACAGACCAGUCCAGCUUUGGAAGGUAAAAAACUACUACAGGAGGCCUGCCACAGGUCUUGCUGCGAGUUCUUGUCACUCACAGUGUGGCUUUAAAUCUUCUCAACAAAGGUAGCGCAUGCAGCCGUAAAUAUGUAGCAUUUGACUUAUUGAAGUGUAAAGGUAUAUCCAAGCCACUCUAUAGAGCCUCCAAUAAAAAAAUCCAUGUGGCUUUGUAAAAAAAAGCACUAGCUGCGCAAAUUUUUCAGUGUGCUAGGAACCUGUACCUGUUUAUCUGUGUCACAGAGAUACUGAACCUCUUAUUCAGUAAACAUGUUGGCUUUGCAAAGAAUGAAAUAAAGCUGUUGCUGCUUGCA